AUGCCCGGAACAGUCGUCAUCACCGGCCCUAACGGGGGCAUGACCGUCCUCACUGCGCGCCAAUACGCCGAGGCCCACCCAGAGGACCACCUCGUCCUUCUCGUGCGUAAUCCCGCUAAGCUCCCCGCGGAAGCCGUCCCGGCUUCAGAUAAGGUCCUCUAUGAGGCUUUGGAUAUGACUAGCCUGGAUGCCGUCCGGGCGGUGUCAGCCAGUAUUGCGGAGAAGGUGAAGGCGGGGUCUUUACCUCGGAUCAAGAGUCUGGUCUGUUCCGCUGCCAUUCAGGUUACAUCAGUUGACCAGCCCCACAUCACCGCGGACGGAUACGAGGAGACCUUCGCCGUCAACCACCUCGCGCACUUCCUCCUCAUCCUGAACCUACUCCCCUCUAUGGCGCCAGACGCGCAGAUCAUCAUCGUCGGUAGCGACUCGCAUCGGAACGACUACAAGUUCUUCCCCAAGAAGACGGCUUAUAGACCGCUCGAGCAGCUCGUCCAUGUCACCCCUGGCGGUGAGCCGGUCAAAGACGCAAAGGAUAAUGGCCUGCAGCGGUAUGGGACGUCCAAGAUGCUGCAGAUGAUGACGGGCCAUGAGCUCGCACGCCGGCUCAAAUCCCACCCCGCCUACUCGGGUAUCAACACCGUCAUGUUUGACCCUGGAUCAAUGGGCGGUACCGGUCUCCUGCGAGACCAGUCUCCCAUCCUACAAUCCCUCCUAGGGGUCGCAUUCAACUUCCCGCGCUUCUUCAACUGGCUCGACCCGGAGCUGCAAAUCUCGCUCAAGGCGGACAGCGCGGCGACGUUACUGCGGCUUAUGGAGAAUCGGGAGAUGGCGAGGACGGAGCCGCUGGGGCCGGUCAAGGAGACAGGAGGGGCACCGUACUAUUCGCCGAGUGGAAAAUUGUCACAGUCGUAUGGGGAGACGAACGAGGUGGAGAAGUCGAGCGCAUUAUGGGCGGACUCGGUGCGGCUCUUGGGCAUCGGGAAGGAUUUGGCCUUGAUGUAG